AUGGCAGUGGUUGUGGCCGCGCCGCCGGCCUUGACUGGCGACCUGGCACUUUUUCACACCACCGAUCCUCUGCUCUCGAACUCGCCAGUACUCGUUUUCCACGGCCCAGCAGCCACAAUCGGCGCGACGAGCUCGCGAAUACAAGUCCAUGUCUUCACACCAGCGGGGACCGGUUCGUAUACGCGACUCGCCAUCUCCCCGAAUUCACCAUUUUACUCUGCGGUCAGCAACUUACCACGAGAAGAGCAGGGCGAUGAGGUGGUGCGUGGGUUGGCGUUUGGCUUGAAGAAGUACUUCGUAGAGCUCCCAGAAACAGUCAAGAAGACAUGGUGCACCCAAGUAAAGACGCCCUCGCCUGCUAUGCUAUUCGGCGACGAUCAUGUCGCGGUCCUUGCCAGCCGAAUGACGCGCAUUGAGAACGUAGACGAGGUUGUCCAGGCUCUCAGUGAAGCGUUCUGUGAGCAGCGGCAAUCUUGGCUAGAUGUGGAUGUGGUACUACCGGCGGGCACGAUCAAAGACACUGCCAAGCGAGGCGAUUCUCUUGGUGACGAGGAUCUAUUGGAAAGUGAUUUGCUUCAGCAGAAGUAUGGACGAUAUGCAGAGCUCAUCGGUGGUCUUGGCGAGACAGCCUUUCUGCCGACGUCCAAGUUGAAACGUGCUCCAUCCAAGCAGACAAAUAUUGGCCGAAGCACAUCAUUCUUGCGACAUCAGAAGGAAGUUGUUCGCAAGGAGAUAUGUGAGCUGCUCGAGACAGAGGACAGCUAUGUCGGUCGUCUCCGAGAAUUGCACAGAAUCUCCAAGAUGAUUCACGGUGAUCUACGAUCAAGCAGUCAGCAGCAGCUCCAGUCGUGCUUUCCGGAGGCACUUACAAGCAUACUCGAUCUCAACACUCAAUUCGCGCAGGCCUUACGAAUACUCUUCGUGUCUACGCAGACCAGCGCAAACCAGGAUAUCGAAGCAACUUCGGACACUCCUAUCACAUCUAAACAAACAAGUCUUGAUUUGGCAGGCGAUGCGCAAGGCGUGUACUUGAAGGAUCAACCGCAAGCCAGUCAAUCGCUACGUGCUUUAUUUCGUUCGCCAGAUACUGCCCUCAUUGCUGCGUUGCAGGAGAUUGGCGAGCAACGCUUGAAUUCGCUACUGAUCGAGCCUGUACAGCGCUUGCCACGCUAUACUCUAUAUAUCGACAGCAUCACGAAGCAGUUACCAGUGCGGCAUCCCGCGAUCAAGCCAUUGCUGAAGGCUCGUGACAUUAUUACCGACAUCUGCAUACAGGACGACUUCGCAGGGAAUGCUACGUCGAUAUGCAACACACUACAGGCCAAAGUCGCCUCGUGGCCCUCAGACUGUGCAAUUGCUGGCCGCCUUGUGACGGUGGUCGAUGUCAUCGAGCUUGAGGCGCCAUAUGCUCUACAUGGAUGCGAUGGCGCUUCUGGCAUUCUUCUGGUGUUUACUGACAGCGUCAUACUCUUGGAGCGCACGACUGAACGCGCGAUUGCUGCCCGAGCCUUGCAAAGUGAGCUCGAGAAUGUGAUCGCGGCUGUCCAGCCUUUGUCCCCACGACCGGAUGCUAUACUGGAGCUCCGCUUCCUGCGCAAGGUCCGUUUAGACGCGUGCGACUUUACUGAAAGCAUUGGCGGGCGCGCUGUGCAGCUGACGACGCGUUUCUCUCUGGUUGCUGCAGCUCAUCCUCUGCCUCAGCACACCGUCGAUUCGUGUCAGAUCUUGCGACUCGCGGGAUCCUACGAUGGCAAAGCUGCGCGCUUGACUGAGGAAGUCACCAAGGCACGAGUGGAGGCACGUUUCAGCGAGUCGGAGCGUGAGUCGUCGCAAUGGGAUGUGCGUGCUUCAGAUCCAGCUGCAGACCAUGCCAGCCUGUUGAGUGCAACCUUCGACGACUCGUGUUCCGAGCAUAUUGCCGCCCGUCGUCAAGCUGCUCCAGUGCGCAUAUUGGUGGAUAUCGAUAAGCACUCUCAGCGGCCACGAGCUGGUCACGCCGGCAUCCGCACCGUCAUAGCGACCUCUCCACUCAAAGAUGGCUUGUGGAGGCUGACCAUUGACUCUAUCGACGGCAGCGCCAGUCGUGAGCAUGUUGCAGCUAUUGACUUGAUUUCAACGCUCAGCAAGCGCUUGGCCUUGCUUUCUUUAACUCGUUACAGCAUAGAGGACCAAUCGGUUACGGCUUAUGCUCUCACACGUAACGCCGGCAUCCUCACCUCGAUUGAGCUCGAAGCACAUCCUGAGGACGAAGCCCAUGAGCGCGCCGAUCUAAGUCAGGAGCGCUUGAAGCGACCCAAGUCACCACGCAAGCUGUUGUCGAGUUUCUUGUCCAGCACCGGCCCAGGUAGCCAGGCGCCGACAUUUAUGAAGAAGGACCUACCGCCACUCCCACCACCUCCAUCACAACAGCGUCUUCGCUACGGCAGCGAAAGCAUUUCAUCCGAGCCACCGAGCAGAGAAAGCCGACCGCCUUCACGAGAUCAGCCGACGCCACGAUCGCUGAAUAGUAUGCGCUCUAUCGACCAGCUCAGCAGUCAAAAGCAUAGUAGGCUUGAAGAGACACUAUCAGCCUAUGUGCUGGCACUGCAAGCUCGCAAAGGCAACAUCGUUGGGCGCAGCCUCAAAAUGCGUGCUACGGCUGAUGAGCUUACUGUAAACGAGCUCUAUAACGGUCUACUGGAAGAUCCGAAUCUCAUGGUCUUGGCCGCUCAAGCUACGGUCGAUGUACUGUUCGCUGCAUUUGAGAAGUUCGUGAACAUGGCCUGGAAAGAGCAGAUUGGGCAGAUUGUGCCGUAUGCUGUCAUCCAAGAAAUCCAGUCAAAGGCGGAGACACUGUUCCCAUCCGACUUCGAUAACUUUUUCCGUUCUGCGGUCAGCGGGUUGGCGCCACAAAAUCAGCGUGCCUUCAAGACGAUUAUGAAGCUGCUGGCCGAUUUGUUGGACGGUACUGGCAACGAUGGCGAUCGUGGCAUACUCACAGCGGCCUUUGCGGAAGUGCUUGUGCCCGACGGCAACCCUCACGACUUUAUACCUUUAAUCGACCGCUUCGUCGACGACACCGAGACUUACUUUGGUGAGCCGGUCGAGGACACGCAGAGGCUCAACGAGGGACCAGGCAGUAUACACAAGCGAGCUAGAUCUGUCAACUCAGCUUCGAUCAGCUCCAACACUUCGUCCCUUCGCAAGAAAUUCGGCUUAGGAACGCUUACGAGAGCCAACAGCAAGUCUGAAGAGGAAUCGAAGGUUGCCGCUGUAUGGCGUAGUCUGAGCAAGAGUACGCGAGGCGAUGCAAGCCCUGCUGGUAGCAUCUCCAAGGCUACUCUACAGCGCUCUCAUAGCACGGACAUCAAUGCUCGCGGCUUGUUCCCAAGGCCGGCUUCGCAGGACGGGCCAAGUCUCAAACCAUCAGCGUUGGAAGACGCUGCCAGCUUGACUGGACUGUCUUCAACGCAGAAUCUGGGCUUGUCGACCAUCGGUGAGCAUCCCAGCUUCAUACCGACUGGACCGCCAAGGAAGAAGAGGCGUAGCUCGCUCUCGGACCUGAAGGCUCUGGAGUCGACGCAGAAGGCACAGCCGUGGAUGUCACCGUCCCCACGCCGACCUCCACUUGCGCAGAGGCACACGGACGACAAAUCGCUACCAGCCUCGCCCAUGCCUUCUACGCCGUCUUCAAGAGGUGGCAGUGGCAGAUUUGGCUCGCCGAUACGCGAGACCCCCCGCUCGAGGCUGCCACCAUCGUUCAGGAGGGAGAACUCUCCUGGUGCAGACAAGUCCUUUGGUGUCGUGGCACCGCUUCGGCCACGCAGCAGUAGUAAGCAGCCAGAGGAUGUAGUGAUUACUGCUAGACCGACCUCAAGCAUACCGACGCUUGCUCCAAGGAAUAGCACGGUUCAUAAAGCGCCGUCGCCAUCUCCUCGUGUGGGCCUCUCAGAGCGAGCAGGUGCUGGCAAUAUCGUCAAACGUCCCUCGCCGCAACCGGAAAAAGUGUCGAUAGCAGGGAUCCUUCCAUCUGCCGCUGCAUCAUCCGAGAGUGGCACUCCUCGUAAGCUGCGCAUGCAGUCGCCACAGAAGCUCCGUGAGCGUCUGCAAAACGAACAAACCUCCUUGACCACGGCGCAGACCUCGCUGCAGGACGAGCUGAGUAAGAUUGGCGACGAACUCACAGCGACGCCUAGUCGUAUUGGCUCGAUUCGAGCUCCCCGUCCGAUUACUACGUAUCCUCGGACAAGUGGAGCUGGUUCCACGAACAUAGAUCUCGCACAGCGUGUCCUGAAAAUGGAAGGCACGCUCACGUCUCAAAUCGACACCUUGACCUCUCGUCUCGCUGGUAUCCAGUCCGACUUAUCAUCUUCUCUCACGGUCUCGGAGAACAAGUGCAAGCGAUUGGACGAGCUAUACAGAGAAGCGAAUGGCGAGAACGAGGCACUCUAUGCCCGCUUCAACGAUGAGCUAGGUAGGAUUCUCAAGGUCGUGAAGGCCGGAGAGGGUGUUGAGGAGCUGAAACGACAACUUCAAAUUGGUCAGGAGGAGACGGCAAGGUUGAAGAAGGAAGUGGGACGGCUGAGGAGGGAGAACGCGGGGUUGAGAGCGCAGAUGAAGUGA